UCAAGCUGCAGCUUAAGGGCCGUGUCAUUCCCCUUAGCGCCCCCGCCAAGCCAUGCAAGGAGAAGGAAGAACCCGAGGUCGACACGAACUUCAUGUUCAUGAAGAUGGUCACAUUGGACAUGGCGCCGGGCGACCUGAAGAGAUUCCUCGCAUACGAGCUGGCGUCCAUGCCCCCGGCGCUGUUCGACAAGGGCCUAAUGAGGCACAACAAGAAGGCGUCCCUCAUGAGGAGGUUCAGGCCGGGAGAGCAGGACGCCGACGACAGCCUGUUCGAGGAGCCGCACGGCGAGGCACUGUCUGGGACUUCCCUCCCCACGAAGACUGUACUGGACGGGGGCCACUUGCUGCACGCGGUGGCGUGGCCCCGUCACGGCGGGGGGAAGGAGCCCACCUACGCAGAUUUGUGUCAGAGGUACGUCCAGUUCGUCUCGAAGUACACCAACCCCACUGUUGUGUUUGACGGGUACGAUUCGAGCUGGAGUACCAAGUGGGAGAUUCAACAACGCCGUGCGGCAAACAAAAAGCCCUGUGCCAUGUUUAAUGGAAACCUCGAAGACGUCAUCAGCCCUGCCUACAGCCGUGAGGGCUUCCUGUCCAGCGCCCAGAACAAGACCAACCUCAUCUCUUUUCUCACAACGGAACUGAGGGGCGCCGGCGUGGAGGUCAAGCAGUCCCGGGCAGACGCAGACCACUUGAUUGCGGCGACUGCAAUAGAAUACGACAAGACAGAGCCGCAUGUCACAGUUAUCGCCCGUGACACUGACAUCGUGGCCAUAUUGAUUGCUAAUGCCACAGAUGACACGGGCAUAACUGUGACAAAGCCCGGGACUCAAACCACGGCUGACGAGGUGUUCAACAUUCGAGCCAUCCGUCGACACCUCGCUAGGCAGGGCUUACUUAAGUGCGUGCUGUUCGGCCAUGCCAUGUCAGGGUGUGACACCACCUCUGCAAUCCACAUGAAGGGGAAGUUGACGCUCUGGGACACCCUGAAGAAGAGCCAGGCCCUCCGGCGACUGGCAGAGCUGUUCAAUGACCCUCAUGCGGACCGAGGAGACAUUGCAGAGGCAGGAGAAAAGAUUAUGAUGUCUCUAUAUUCCAGCGAGCGUGUCUCCUCCGGUCAGUGAGUGGUGCACACCAUGGAUGACCUGCGCGAAGUACUGUACCGCGAGCGGACAGAGAAGACUAAGCUGCCGGACCUGUCAACUCUUCCGUGUACGUCCGACGCGGCCGCACAGCACUGCUACCGAGUGUACCUGCAGGUGCAGCAGUGGUUGGGGAAUGACCUGGACCCAACUGCGUGGGGCUGGAGGGCAGAGAACGGCACACUCACGCCCAUCCCCACCACAAAGCCAGCGGUGCCACCCGAGCUGCAGAGCAGACUGUCCUGCAAAUGCUCGCCGCAGGGGUGUGGGGUCAGGUGCCCCUGCAGGAAGCGCGGAGACGUCUGCGGCCCCUGGUGUGCAAAGUGCAAGGGUGAGACUUGCACCAACACCAUCGAGGGCCCGGAGGACUGGGGAACUCUCCUAGACUGAGAGGUCUACCCGGAAAUCCAGGAGAGAAAAAAAUCCCAACAUUAAGAGUAAAGUUGCCCAUCAGAUGC